UGGCCGCCGGAUUCCCUUGCUUGUUUUGACGUUCUUUGAUCUUUCAUUUCAUUUUUCUGUAAAACGAGAGGGGGAUUUUCUUGUUAGCCGCCGAAAACCGUGCGCGAACGACGCCGCCGUUUGUUUUUCAACUGUGAAAUUAAACUAUCAAUCUGGAAGUUUUACAAGUGCCGAGGGAGGAGGGCGACAUGACGUCCGAAGCGCGGAGACGGGAUCAAGACGAUUCCGGCGAAUACUCGGACGCAUCGCAAGAUAUCGAGCACAAUAACUCUUUGAAUGAUGGGCAGCAUGAGUCCGACUACGACUCGCAGGGCAGUGAGUCGGAGACGUCUGAACGUGACCCUGACAGCCAGGAGACCUCCGAGCGUCGGGUAGACGAUGACGAGGACAGAAGCAACCCGCAGUACAUUCCCAAGCGGGGAACGUUCUAUGAACAUGACGACCGUACCGCUGCCAGCGGCGAAGAGUCGACUAACACCACGUCCGAGGCGGUGUCCGAGAAGAAGGACGGCGCGGAGACCCCCUCGGACCGGCGCCGCCCGCCGCGCAAGUCCGAGACCGUCAAUAAGUGGUCGCACGACAAGUACAUCGAGAACGAGCAGACCCCGAAGAGUCGCGAGGAGCUGGUCGCCAUUUACGGAUAUGACAUCAGGAACGAGGACGCGCCUCCCCACGCGCGCCGCAACAGGAGAUACGGUCGCGGCCCCAACAAGUACACUCGCACCUGGGAGGACGAGGAGGCUUACCGGCGGCAGAACGCGAACCAGCCCCGCAAGCCGCCAAACCCUGAGGACUUCCCGGAGCUGGACGCCGCCAACAACAAACAAGGAACGAGAAAGCCUCGCAUGACCCGGCCGCGUUCUAAGUCUCAACCAGCCUCCAACGAGUCGUCGGAGGCGGGCGCGGCGGGCGGCGGCGCAGGCGCAGGUCCGGGGGCGGCGCUGCGCCGACACGCCUCCAUCAAGACCCGCGCCCGACCCAAACCCAAACCCGCGCCCAAACUCAACAAGAACGAUAAGAAACUGCCCGCCUUGGAGAAUCUCACCAUCACCACUAAUAAUAGUCAAGGUCAGCCCCAGCGCAAGGUGAACGCGACGGUGGCGCAGCAGCGGCCCGUGCCCACCGACCAGGCCAGGAAGAAACCCACGCAGGCGCAGCAGCAGUCGUCCCCCGCGCCGAAUAAGUCGCCGCCGCAACAACAGAAUGCACAACAAAAACCGAACAACCAACAGCACCAACAACAAAAUGCUGGGGCGGAGUCGCGCGGCGGCAGCAAGCGGUACAGCAGUCUGCGACAGCGGCCGCUCGGCGACUCCUACACGCCGCAACCGCAGGCGCAGCAACAGCAAGCGCAACCCGCACAGACACAGCAACAGCAACAACAGCAACAGCAACAGCACAGAUAUCACAAUGGUCCCGGUGAAUACACUGGCGCGGCGCCGCCCCACCAGGGCAGCCCCGCCGCUCACCCGCCACACCUCAUGCACCAGGUGCACCGCGCGGCGUCGGUGCCGACCCCCGCGCACGCGCCGUCGCCGCCGCACGCGCCGCUCGCGCCGCCGCACACGCAGCCACAGCAAGUGCGGUUAGGCAUGUUGGAACAGCAACAGCUGGUCCAACAUCAACACCACUCCAUGCACAACAUACCACAACAACACGCCAUUGGUCAACUUCAGCCAUCGCAAGGAUACGCGCCACCCGCCAUGAUGCCCGCUCAAUACAUGCAGACUGGGGUUCCGCAAAGUGGUAGCGGCGCUGUAUUCGGCGGCGCGGCGAUGUACGCGCAGCCGCCGCCAGCACCGUACCAACACCAGAUCUAUCCACACCAUAACUUCGUGCCGCAGCAGGCGGGCGGCGUGACGUACUACAGCUGCGAGCAGCAGGAGCAGCAGCCGCGCGCGCAGCGCCGCCCCACCGCCGCCAUACCCAUCGUGCGCCCGCACGCGCCGCACGCGCAGCACGCGCCGCACGCGCAGCACGCGCAGCACGCGCCCGACAGAGCAGCUAACUCGACGGAGAAGGACAACAUAGACAGAAUAGUGGAAAACAUGUUCGUGAGGAAACCAUGGCCAGCGACGCACGGCGCCGAUAAAGAAAAAUCAACAGACAACCGCAGCUCACAGGAGCCCCAGAGCAAAGAGUCGUCCCAGCCCAACAGUCUCACAUCCAGUUCAAUAUCAACCGACUCGAAGCCGUCGGAAAAGACGGAUAAAGACGACAAGACGGACAAAGACGAAAAAACGGAAGGCGAUAAGAAACAGGAGCCGGACGCGGCGCAGGAGUGCACGACGGAUGCCUGACUGGUAAGGAUAAAGCUGUACGAAUGUUAUCAAUCGAAAUAUUAUAGUAAAAGGUAACUUGUUUGUUUUGCGGACGGUUGUGAGCGGUUUUGGGGGUUGAAAAAAAUCGUUGUGAUUCGUAAUUCGUCUCGUUAAGAUUUUUUUUUGUGAAAUUUUAAGGCUUUGUUUUUUUUUCAUACAUGCCUAAUUAUGUUAUUGCUUCGCUUCUUGAAAUUUUGGUUAUAGUAUAAAAAAAACUUUUUUUUGUGUUUCUGGCAGUUGACAUGGAUAAUAAUUCCGUUCUCAAUAGUUAAACGGAGCGUAUUGGCGUUAAUGACGUAGUACAGCUCAGAAUAGGGCAGUUUUUGAAGUCCUAUGAGGACUAUUAAAAACUAUUAUUGGCAUUGAAUGUUACUAUGUAACCCAGUCUAGUGAAAAAAACAUACAUACACGUGGAAUUUAGAACUUCCAUUGUUUAAUGAAGUCGGUUUACUGAUAAUUUGCUACAAAUGGAUUGUUUUUUUUAUACGUCACAAACGUAAGCGCCAUUAUUAAUUCUUUUUUCUUCUUUGAACAAUUGAUGCGUGUGAUUUUUUUACUGCAUAUUUCAAAAUCCCACAUUUGAUUUUUUAAAGUAUAUCUUAUAGUUAAUGUAAUUAAUCCGAAAAUUACAUUGGCUAUAAAUUUAUAAAUAAAUUACAAGCGGCUGACAUUUAUGUCUGUAGAUAUUGAAUUUCGUUGAAAAUAUUUGAAAAAUAAAGAAAGGUCUAAAAAACUUUAAGUAUUUCAUGGGAAUGACAUAUUAAAAUACAAAUUAACUUUGUAUUAAUUCUAAAAUUAUAAUAAAUAUAAAACAAUUAAGGAAUUAAACAUUCAAGCAUCAAUUCGACCUCAAGCAAAAUUAAAAGAAAUUGUAGUGGGAAUAAUAUGCAGUGAGAUUUAUGUAGUAGGGAGAAAUUGACAAAACUGCCAAUAUAUCGAAUUACCCUCAUUUUGAAAGCCGCCAUGACCGUCUGUUGUAUUCUAAAUUAUUUAUACUUUUGUCGCAGACAAACUUUCGAAUCAGGUGUUUUGGAAAGCGCCUAAUUCUUAUUUUAUCCUAAUCACAUGAAAAUAUUGAAAAAAAAAAAUAUCUUCCAAGUAAAAAAAAACUCAGUUCAAAUAAUGACAAUAAUAUCAAUAUUAUUUGCAUUUUUACUCGACUCAACAAAUAAAAAAAACGUUUUCCAAACCAUUUGGUUCUAAAGUGGUCUGACACAAAAAGUUUUCUAAACACUAUUUGGCUGUGUUAGUCACUGUGGGUUGUAAAAAUAUACAAUAUAUUAUUGUUGAAAAUUAGCUCUUUAAUACAUCCCAUAUAGGCAAUUUAAGAGCCGGAAUUAUUCUAAAUCAAAAAACAUGUUAUCACUGUAAAUUCGUUUUCAAAGUGGUGGCAUUUUAGAUUACGUAUGCCCUCCGUGUUACUGCAAUAAAUCGUUGCCUCUGCUUGAGCAAUAGAUAUCAACUGAUCGAUCAUUUUAACUGAUCGAGUUAACCGCUCGGUAAGGUUACGGUUAAUCGAGGUAAUCGAUGAUUAAAUAAUUCAUUAAAUCCAUUAAAAUUACUUAAAUCUGCCCAAGUGUAACUAGAGUUAAAAUCCACACUACUUUUAUAAUUAAGAGUGUAUUUGAGUCUAAUAAGUAUCAAUUAGAUCUUAUAUUUUCAAGAAACCUUAUAAUGUAGUUUCGAUUCUAUAAUUAUGAAAAUAAGGGUACUUCUCGACUGGUCUAAUAGAUAUGGCAGUCAUUUCUUCUUGAAUAAACAGUCACUUCCUAGUGUUAAAUCUUUGAAGUAAAAUAAUUUUUAAUAUGUACUAUGAUAAGGUUAAAAGCAGUGGAAUUAGAUAAAACAUAAUAUAUGACUAGUUGACUAUCUUAAUAAUAAAUAAAGAUGAUAUUAUCUAUUUUAUGAAACAGAAAUAUCACCUUUUGGCAUUUUUUUUAUUGCUUUGAAUGACGAGACGAGUUUGCCGUUCGCCUGAUGGUAAGCUAUACGACCGCCCAUAAAUAGUAGAAACUCCAUCCAACACCUUGAUUUACAAAGUAUUGUUUGGUAUUCCACUCCGCUCGCCAUCCUGAGACAUGAGAUGUUAAGUCUUAUUAUGUCCAGUAGUUACACUGGCUGCAAUGCCCUUCAAAUCGGAACACAACAGUGGCUAAACACUGCUGCUUGACGGUAGAAAUAGACAUUGUGGUGGUACCUAACCAGGCGGACUCUCACACAUGAGACCUACCACCAGCAAAAGGCAUUUUCCGAUAAUUAUUUUCCUUGGUCUAUGAGUGAGCAGUUUAAGAUAUUAUCAAUAUCCGGAUCUCAUUUAUUUUUGUUGCAAUCAAAUUUCUCCUCUAUAAUGUUCUGAACAAGAAUGAUUUUUAUAAAUGAAAUUAUAUUAUUUUUACAACCCAUCGGCGUGUAAAGUUUAUGCGCGUCGUUUGAAUAUGGUAUAACUUUGGGUGUAUAUGAACUGUCAACUAUACAAUCAUAUGACGAUAUAAUAUAGUGUAAUUAUGGAGAAUAUCGAGGGACACAACUGUCCUAAUAUCCAGUGUUGAUGAAAAAAAAAAUAUACGAGAGUCCAAAGUUAUACUUGGUUAUUGACGCGGUUAGAUAUAUAAAUUUAUCGUACGUAUGUCUGUUCAUUGUACGCUUUACUCGUGUCUUGUUCCAGUUGGAUGGUAGAGUUUAAAAUAUUUAAAUUAUAUCACAUGUAUUUUGUCUUCUUGGCAUUGAGGCAACAGUGGAAAAUAAUAUGUUUUUAUAUACUUAAGUUGAUGCAGCAAUAAAAAUGUUCAAGUAAUGUCCAUCUUGGUUAUAAUUUCACGAAACAAAAAUAUUAUUUUCAUACGAAAUGUCGGGAUGAAUAAAAAAUGCAAGUGAUAACCAAAAAAUAUAAACUUUAAGUUGAUUUAUCACAAAUUUAUUAGAUGCGAAGAUUUUUUAUAAAAUACUAUGUGACUGAAUAUUAUAGUUUUUGAGUUGUAUGUAUGAUUUUAAAAUCUGGUCAUUCUGUAUAUAGACUAAUUUUGAAAUUCAACAGAUGCAUUGUAUGUUCAGCAUUUGAAAAUAUGUAUAAUGUUCUUAACUUCAUGGUUCAUUUUUGAAAAUUACAGAACAAUAUUUAUUUCUUCAUUUAAGAUUUACAAGAACAAAGUUUACUCUGACAAAUUUUAAUAUGAAUAAAAAUGUUAUAUUAUACCUAAAUGUUUCAAUAACAUAAACAAAAAAUAGUGUGGAGCAAGUUUUAAUAAUUAAUUAUAUUUGAGACCUAAGAAAUUUAUAGUAAGAAACAGAACGAUGGCAAAAUUGUAAUAUUAAUAUUAACGCAAGGGGUCUAAUACCGUCUACGAGGGCAAAUCCGUCUUUUUGCAAUUACAGGCUUUCUAAUCGAAGGACAGCUUUCAAAGACAUACAGGUCACUGUAGCGAACGGUGCAUAUAACCCUUACCGGCUUCCCUUUUGUAAUUUUUGGAAAAUCUAAUUAUUAUAAAAGCGAUUAGCAGACCGCAUUUGUUCAUAAUAUUAUUAGUACUUAUAUGUUGUGUUAGGUUUCCUUUCGGAAAAUUUCACUCUUCCCCAUUUAUAGGUGAAUAGGGGAUGUUUUCGACGCUUUUAUCUUUACAACUAACAAAGCUUUCCUUCGAUUAAAAGGCCCGUAAUUUGCACACACACAUACAUCACGCAUUUAUCCACGAAGAGGUAUGCUGAGGCGCAACCAGGGCACCCACUUUUUGCCAAGUGUGUUCCGUUCCAUGAUGUAAUAGGAGGCGAGCCUGUCGUAAUAUCGGGCACAAAUUCACGACUCCAGGCUGAUACUGAGUAGAAAAACCCAAAUAUUACUGCCCGACCCGGGAUUCGAACCCAGGACCUCAGAGCGCUGCCGUACCGCGCAUACAGUACAACUACGCCACCGCAGUCAUUUUAAAAAGGCGGUAUUGCCCCCGUAGACGGAGUAGGACACCCUUAGUAGUCAUACGUUCAGGAAAUAACUAUGUGGAACUCAGAAUGCAUACUCAAUAUUCUGUGUAUUGUACUUGCCUUAGUUCAGAUCGAAUGUCUUUGUAGACGGAUAUGUACUGAUUUACUUUACCUAAUGUCUCCAGCUAUAUGGCUUUUGUUUCUUCACACAAUUUUCGACAAUAUUUAUAUGAAUAUAAGAUCUCAUUUCCAAUUGAACGUUUGAUCGCCAGAUCCGGCGUACAUUUUAUAAAUUAUUGUAAAAUAUACCUAUUUUGUAUUGGCUUAAAUUAAAUAAAUGUUUUAAUUUACAGGAAGAUUCGUAAUAUUUUUAAUUCUACCCUACUUAAAUGGAAAUAUGAUUCAGUUUUAAAUGAAUGCGGUUUUUUGUUCAUAAUAUAAAAAGUUAUUCGCUUUUAAAAAAAAUAUGUAUUAAGGAAGACGAGAAAAAAAUCAUAUGUCGCAGUUUGAUUGUGAAAUCCAUUACUUUGUAAAAAGUCCGGAAAAUAAGCAGAUGUCAAUAAAAUAGUGAGUUUUUCAUGACAUUUUAUUGCGUUCCAAUUUUGAAUUAUAGCUCAUAUAAUAUGUGCAUGUACAUAAAAAAGGCAUGUAUGAAUUAUAGGACACAUGAACUUUGAUUUGAAAUUUCAUUAUAAAAACCAUUCAUUGAAUCUAGUUACUAUACGUUCUAAUAAAGUAAAAAUAUCAAUAUAUCAGUUUUCCUUUUAUUUACAGUGACAUAAUUAAUUGUAAGAGUUAAAAAAAAUUGUCCUUAAAAUGCCACACUACAAACGUUGCUAAAGUAAAGGCCAUAAGAGUUGCCACGACAAACGUUAUUUAGGCAAAAGUAAUGAUAACUUUGACUGACAUUGCGGCGUGACAAUUAGCGUAUUUGAAUUAAUAUUUGCGACAUUUUGCCAAUCCAACAUCAACUUAGUAGAUAAAGAACACAACGUCGAUAUUGCUUUGUGCAAAAUACGCUAAUAUUUUUUCAAAUAUUCUGAGUAUAAUGCCAUCAUAGUUAUUGAAUCUGGCGUUUAGUCAAUUACUAUUUCUACUUUCAAUAAUUCUAUUUUUGCCGAGUAACUUAAACUUUAUGGAGUAGGGAUAGAGUACAGGGUAUGUACUUACUCGGAGCUGUUUGAAAAUUGUGUUCUUGGUUAUUCGAAUAUGGUCCUUAUAUUCAAUGCAGAGUUGGAUUUGAAGUGGUUUAUGUAAUCGAAGGGCCUUGGCGCGGAUUUAUGUUUCGAACAAAAUUAGCAGGUUUAGUUAAUUCCAUGACAACACCGGCGAUAGCCUAGUUGGGAAUGGACUGCCGAUACGAAUGUCCCUAGGUUCAAAACCCAAGGGCACACACUUGACUUUUCUAAAAUCUUGUGUGUAUUCUUUGUGAAUUAUCACAAGCUUUAACGGUGAAGGAAAAUAUCGUGAAGAAGCAUACCUUAGAAGUUCUUUAUAGGAAUUUUAAGGGUAGUGAAGUCCGCCAGUCCGCACUACAGCGUGGUGGACUAAGGCCUAAUCCCUCGCAGUAGUACAGGAGGUCCCAGCCUAGCAGUGGGACAGUAUAUAACAUAGAUAUUUUUACUUAUAGCUUUCCGUCUUAGGUGUAUUUAUUCCCAAUCACAUGAAUAGAUAAACUUCGUAAUUAGAAUGUUCUAAUUAUCUACCAGUAAAUAAUUAUUUUACCUGAUUCGUUCAUUGUAGUUCGUGUGAGUGACGCAAUGCGGACGGUUUUCGUUUGACCCCAUUGCAUGACAAUUAUGUAUUUGCAUAUAUCCGCGCCAAUGCAAUAGGAAAUUGUAUGAGUAACAAGUUCGGGAGCAAUGUUUAAUGUAUACCAUACGGAUUCAAGCUGUGUUCCUACUUAAGAAUAUGUGGUUGCUAUGGAUAUGAGUUAAGAAAUUUUAUACGUAAAGAUGAUGUUGUCUGUUUAUAAGUGCGUUUCGUGCGAUUCUUGUUAUCUUGCUGAAUUGGAUUUUUUGAUUAAAAAGUAGUAUAAAUUAGCUUCAGCGACGAUAAUCUAUGAACUCUCUCGAACAUCUCGCUUGAUAGAUGAUAACCUGUACACUCUUGCAUCAGAUAUCUUGUUUAUAUUUAAAAAGGAAAAACCGACUUUCAUUUAGAUAGGCAUUAACAGUAGUUUUAAAAUUUCGAAUACUUUGGCCACCAUACUUAAGUUACUUAUGAAUUUUCAAAUUUCGAAUUAUUUGACACUGGCUACCAUUAAAUUUACUAAUGAAUUCAAAAGAGUUUCUAUGUGUUUAAAAAAAAUAAUAAUUCAGCAAUGCAACAAGUUUCGCGCGUAACGAUUAGAUAUUCAUAUCAUUGUGAAAUCUCUUGUUUUUAACUAUAUAGUAUUUGUAUGUGAGAUUAUAUGUUCCGCUAGUGCUAGGUUCCAUUUACAUCUUCCACAUUUAAAAAUAUGACGAUUUGCGAAAAUCGAUGUUUUGCGAAAUAUUGUUCUGUAGUUUAUUUUAUUGACAUAAAGAGAAUUUAAUUAAUAUUAAUAUUGUUAUUAUUAAAAUACCUCCUUAUGAUGUAAAGUUAAGGGUAAGUUUAAGGUUUUUCAAAUUAAAUCAAGACGAAUAGAGAUCAAAAUCUGUUUUAAAAGUAUUAUAACUUAUAAAAGAAUAAAAAAUGAUCUUUAGAUUUGUAACUUCUAUGUUAGUAUGUUAAAUCAAGUAAACCAUAUCCUAAUAAAAUUAUACGAGGCUCUAGAUUAUAUAUCUUGCUGGUGGUGAGAUAUAAUUUAUAUCCGCCCGGAUAGCGACCACCGUACACAAGGUGUUAAAACCCGCCAUCACGGCCCACGUCAGUGAGUCGCAUUCUGGGAUCAGCUUGUGUACAUCCGGUUCCAAGAGGCCGGCAUAAUUGUGUCGACUGCCUAGGGUUAAUCAUCUCUCGUCAGUCAACAUUCUAUUCGAUCCUAUUCCACUUACCAUCAGAUACAGCGAGGUUCACUGCCGUACAAGCAUAAAAAAAGUUUUAAAUACUCAUGCAUUCUGUAAAAUAUAAUGUAGACGAAAAAAAACUGACAAAAAAAGAAAACAAAAUACAUUAGACGAUCUAAAUUGCAAAAAAGUAGAAAAAAUCAGAUUAAUAUUGGGCAUUUCGCAAAACCAACGAUUCUCGCAAAUAUCCGCCACUAUGGAUAUUAUUUAAUCAUGUAAUACUAGUCUGUUUGUAUAAGUACGGAAGUCCCAGGCUUGGGAUAAUUUUAAAAAUGUUACAAGAUAUUAAAGGGAAACAUGUAUUGAUUUUUGUGUCGAGAAAGUUUUGUAUAAAAAAAUGUGGUAUGCUUUUUGUAAACUAUGCUGGUUAUUUAUUACGAUUAGUAAAUCUUCUAAAAUA